AUGGAGAAAGCCGGUGUCACAGGUAGGUCGCGCGCGGUCAUGCUGUUCCUGUCAGGUUUAUAAUUUGUCCCCUGUAGCUAUAGGGGCUUCCAUUAAGGUUGCCCUGAUAACGAGUAUAGGUAUAAACUGCUUUUGAUGUUGGCGUCUCCAAAGGUUUACUUCUCACUAGACCUGUCAUUGGGACGUAAUCCCCGAGUCUACAUUUCUCUGAAAGUUUACCUAAAUUGUACCCGAUGGUUGCUAGUGCACGACGCCAAAUGUCGGACUGCAGACGAUGGCAUAAAGUCGACGAAAGUAAUUUCACCUGCGGAGUAAAUAAAAUGUAAUUAUUUUAACUCAAUCCACCGCGUGGGAAGACGAGAUAAGGAAAAGAGCCGUUGUAAGUGUCCAAUCACCUAGCUAGUCCAAAUUCACUUUAUGAAGGCGGUUUCAUAAGUGAAGACCCUUAGUGGACAGCAAAGAGUACUUACCGGAGUCAUGGGUAAUGGUGUUAAUGGGGGAAAAGGGAAGAUAGUAUUCAAAUAUGUUGGUGUCCUAUCGUCAGCACCUGAAACUGGAGACUAAUUAGUCUCCGUUAUCAUACCCACCUUGAUGCGGACCGGAGAUUUACAAUGAAGUAACAACCAGCAAAACUGCAUGACAACAGUACUGAAUUUUUGGUAACCACCAACAUGUGCCUAGUCGGCCAUCUUACGGAGCAAGGUUUUAAACGGAAUUACAGCAUGAAUGAUCAUGUCAGUAGGUGGAGACCGUGCGUCGACGAGAAGUUCCCUACCAUAAAUUACGAAAACAAAAACUAUACAACGUGGCGUCCAACUUUAUUGAAACCCUUUUGGGACUGGCAACUUUAUACAGCCGGCCUUUCGACACACUAUUAGGCAAAAUUAUAAUCUAUGAAGAAUUCUAUCCAAUCGACUAUUGUAACUUUGAAAUUUACUGAUUAUGACUUCCCUUCUGCGGGCUGUCAUGUAUGGCCGAAUUAAUGCGAUGAUGAAUUUAGUAAUUGCGAUGAUGAGCCAUAGACAAAGUCAUGUCCGAUCCCCGCAACGCUAUCAUACUUGUAUGGGAUGUCAGGUAAAUCGAGUGUGUGGGUUCAGCUGUGCACUAGUGUCAAAGCUGCAACCGCCUCCUUACCAGGUUCUUAUCUUGCCUUUCCUGAAGAGGGCAAAAUCGUCCACAGGAAUUCCGGCUGUUCAAGUGUUAGUUACCUGGCAUGUGUGGUCAGACAUGUCCAAAAGCCAUUUAGCUGGAGCAGUCUGUUAUCAAGGCUACACUUGUUCAUGAGCCAACCACCCAACCGGGCGCCUCUUCCAGUGUUGGUGCAGUGUGGCUAGUCCCUUUAUUUAAGAUCAAUUUCGGAUAGGAAUCGCAAAGUCCAGAGUUCACUCAGAACAAUGACCACUUUUUGUCCGCCAAGCUUUCGAUUGUUCAUACUUCGCCUGAUCCCUGACUUUUAGAAAAGUAUAAUUGUGCAUAUGGAAGUUGCAGCAAAUCUUAUAAGCUUGUUUACUUACGAGUAACUAUUCUACCAGCAGCUGGUAGUAGACUUUCAAUACUUUUUAGGCCAGUCCACGUGCUCGCAGAUGUCACCGACGACACGUGCCAUGGACAAAUUAGCAUAGUGGCGAUUUUGAGCGGGCAGAGGCACAGUGGCAGCAAAUUUUCGUGGUUUGCUGUUGGAACUCUGGACUUUGAAAUCUAUUCGUAGGAUUAACCUGGGACUCCACAGACCUCAGACUCACUUCGUCCUUUUGGGAGAUUAUUUUCUCACGUUAUUUGCCUGGAAUAUAUGAAACCAACCACAAAUGGUCUGUGUAGUUCCCCUCACUGAUCUAAAUCCCGCUGAUACUCUCCUUUACAUUUGCACAGCCCCUUUCAUGUCUUGUUCAAAAAGUAGACUCGUGCCAUCUCCUUACGUGACCCGGCAUACCUUAUUUCCACCGCACCCCUAAAUUAUUCCCACGCCAUGUCCCGGUCGUCAUACGGGGCCUGGUUAAUUUAAUUUAACCCGUUGCCUACACACGGGUGUAAGUCUGACAAGAUCAAACCCAAUCUCCACUUUGCUCUUAAUUCCAGCCUGGAGCAUGCGGAAACAGUUGAAAGGCGGACGGCCACUGCCAAUCUAGAGGUCUACGACAAAAAUGAGGGUAGAUGGAUCCUGGCUUGUUUUUUGGCCAGCCAACUGUUCUCCCUGUGUUCACGUUUGCAAAUACUCUUCCCCUGACUCUGAUACGACGCGUUGAGUUCAUCCCUUCUGGGGAUUAGGACGACCCGGCGUUUUGGUGGCCGGUAGAAUAGAGAUCUGAACUUUGACGAUUAGGACGUUAGACUUAAAAUUGCUUCAACACUGACGGAUAAGGGGCCAAUUCCAGGAUACUCGCGACGUGAAAAUUGUCGGUAGGCCUUCACAUGUGAACCGUCUGUGCUUGACGGGCUAAAUUAGUUCUCUGAUCUUUCACGAACUACGCUACUUGAACUCGAGUGCGCUCGUGCAGUGCAGCGCAAGUCUCCUAACCGAUUUGCACGUGUUGAUUCCCGUCGUCCAUUUGACACAUGAACCUAAUUAGACGUCAUUUUGGGUCAUCUACAAUUUUAUUGCAGUAUAUUGAAUCGAGUUUCCCACUUUGUAGCUGUUCAACCCGCGAAUGUGCCAACUUUGCGUCUCACUGACGAUUUGUCGAUCCCCUGCAUCGGAUUUGGAACGUACAAGGCAUGCUGUUACACUUUUGACGUGUUACACAUCUAGCUAGUCGCCGCAGAGGUGGAGUCAGCUCUUGAUGCGGCCUUCGAAUCCGGAUACCGCCACUUUGACUGCGCAUAUCUUUAUCAAAAUGAAGAAUUCAUCGGUCAGAAGCUACAAAAGUGGUUUGCCGAGGACAAUGUCAAGAGAACUGAUUUAUUUGUGACUUCAAAAGUUGUAUCCUUUUUCAUACAUGAUCUCUGUCUAGCUAUGGAACACUUUCCACCGUCGCGACCUCGUUCGAGUGGGUUGCAAACGAUCACUAGACCACCUCAAAUUAGACUACUUGGACUUGUACCUUGUACACUGGCCGGUUGCCUACCAAGUUGGUCAACUUUACUCGAGCAUUCAACGCUUCCUUUAGCCAAGUGAUGAGAUAAGCCCACUGAACGCCGAUGGGAGUGUGAAGUUAGACAACACAGACCUCUUGGAGACGUGGCGAGUACGUGGCAAACACUAAGUUUUCCUCUACUUUGACAAUCCUCAACUCUAGCUUUACCAACCCCAGACCAGCACUGAAUAAGCAAAAUCCAUCUGCAGAUCAAGACUUGGAAAUGACAACCUGUCACCAGCCCUGCGCGUCAGAGCUCGACGGUUGUCAGUCCAGCCUGUGCGGCAGCAGGAUCCCUUGUUUAUCUUAACGUUCUCUUACAACUGCACCUUAUAGGCCAUGGAGGAUCUCGUCAACGAAGGUCUCUGCAGGGCGAUAGGCGUUUCGAAUUUUAAUAGGCGCCAGCUGAAACGCAUCCUUGACAACUGCACAAUCAAACCAGCUAUGCUACAGGUGGAAAGCCAUACUCACUUCCCAAAUGUGGAGCUUAUUGAUUUCGCACGUUCCAAUGGAAUACUGGUGACGGCAUAUUGUCCCCUUGGAGGCCCGUAUCGGCCUACGUGAGUAUUCUCUUUGACCUUGGGCCCACAGUUUUCCCAGGCUUACCAGUAUGUACAUUCUUGAGCACGUGAAAAUUCGGAACUGCCCAAUGAACCUGCUGUCACAUUUUUCUCAAUCAUUCAUCACUGGAGGAAAAAACCGGCAUUAAUUCUGUGCGCUUAGGACGAUAAGGUUGUUCUGACGAAGACGAGAGACCGGAAUAACUAUUUCCGGCCUACUAACAGUUAUCAGCCACUCAGAACAGCAGGUCAUUGGGUCUAACACCUUACCGUUGCACGACGAACCCGUCUUCCUGUCAGUUGAUUGGGAAUAUUAAUUAUUAUAAAGAGACGCUCACCGAUCGUUUUACGGAACGUGCCUGUUCCGUUGUGCCUUGGGGCUCAAACUGGCGUCGCACAGCAACUUGUAUAGGCGGUUAUGGCAGAGACAAGGGGACAGGAAUGACCGCUUCCGUCUUAUUAACCGUCAUCAGGCAGCCGUACAGGACCUCGGGUAGAGAACAACUGGGACUCAAACCGAGGAUCUUUGGUCAUUAGUCCUGACGCUCUACCGUUGAGCCAUUUAUACUACCAGCUGCCAUGCGACUGACUGUGAGGACUCCAGUAUGUGCCCCCAAAGCACAACGUUGCGAGCACGUUUCCCUGCAAACUCAGUGAGCGUCCGUAAUCAUUUCGAUUUUUGCUCCAAGGUUCUGUACUCAGUUGUUUCCUCGUUGUACUCCUGAAUUUGAUUUAGCUUUUCGUUCUUUCCCUCGACAGAUCUUCUGGAUGUCGACUCAUUGACGAACCAGUCGUUUGUAAGAUUGCUGAAAAGUACAAAAAGACGCCCGGACAGAUUCUACUUCGACACGGUAUCCAGCGUGGAAUCGUCGUGAUACCCAAAAGCAAGACUCCGUCGCGCAUCGCGGAGAACAUAAAUGUACGCGUGUGUCUUAUACAGCGCAUAAACGGAUAUUUUGAAUUGUAGAGUCUAGAAACAUUCAACAUAGGAGCCCCACUCUACCACACGAUUUAAAUACAGGAUUCUGUUUAUUGCACAUUGAGAAGUACGCACAUGAGUUGGCCGCCCGGUGCCCUUAGCUAGCUAUGCACUAAUAGGACGUCCUGAGGGUUGUUCUCAGGCCAGAUUAAAUGGAGGAAUAGGUACGCAUACCCAACUGUCGUGCGCUCGCGCAAAAAGACUAAUAUCCGAAUAGAGACAUACUCCCGUCCAGGAACUUCAUUAGGUCCGUAUGCUUGGUCACCCAUUAGACUGAAAAUCUGUUAACUUGCUGGUUGUAAUGGGGAGAGCGGCUGAUUACGUUUGAAUCCUUCCAUACCUUUCGUCGAAAUUCGAGUAAGUCCAGCCAUAUCUAAAUGACAAGGUCGUUCGUAUUAGGCUGCCUGCCCAGGCAAUUUGUAAAGUCCUUCCUGCUCGGGGCCGUCGACUAAACUCCAUUAGCGCCCAUUUGGGGAAUAUUUUGAUAUAGAGCCCCUGUUUAUUUAUCGAAAGCCUUCAGCGUACCACUAAUGUUUAGGUUUCCAAACGUUUUAGAUUUUCGACUUUGA